AUGACUAUCAACGAACACCGCUGUGUGACAGAUGAUGAGAAUCCUCAUAUCUUCUCAGCGUGUCGCCCGGCCAAACUGAGCGCAGACAUAUCUCGAUCAGACAGGGAUGAGGCAACAAUACUAGCUGCUUGGUCAGUUCUCUUGCGAGACUACUAUGCACCAAAUUCACCUACUUUCAUUCACCUUCAACCACAAAUCGAAAAGCCUUCUGAAAAGACUACCAAGGUCACAUUUGAAAAUCUUCGAAGCCAAUGCUUGUCAAUUUCAACGGAUGGUGGUAUUACAAGCAAACAAUUGAGGGAUGCGGUCUCCCAGGCGGUUGAUAUCAAGGACUGGGGAGGUUUCAGUAGCACGAAACAGAAGACCGCUGUUUUGGUAUUGUCGAAUGAACAAAUGAAAUGUCCACCUAUGGCACUCCAGCUACUUGAGGUGGAAUUGCUGCUGGUUGUUGCCCUUUCAGAUGAGAGUAUCAUGGCAAACGUGUACAGCAACGGCCUCAAGAGACCAGAGAUCAAGCCAUGCGCCACAUUGAAAAGCCUCACGAGUAUACACAAAGCUCUAUCUUGCGAUGCAGGUGUCAAAAUCGAAGAAUUAAACAGUAUAUCUUCAUUCGAUAUCGAAAGGCUGCGUGAUAUCAAUAACAUAAAUCACGAGCAAAACGCCCGUGCAGAAUGUCUGCAUACACUCCUCACGAAACAUUACUCUCUGCGGCCAGAAAAAAUUGCACUUGAAUCAACCACCCAGAGGAUCACUUAUGAAGAACUGGGAAAACAAUCUGCCACCAUCUGUGAGGUCCUGACGAACAAAGGCGUCAAGCCCGGAGACACCGUAGGUCUUUGCAUGGACAGAUCAGUCUCGACAAUCAUCACUAUCAUCGGGAUACUGAGAGCAGGUGCUGCAUACGCCCCGAUGGAUCCGUCGUCUCCUUUGGAAAGAAUCUCACAAAUUGUCGAACGAGCUGAGGUCCAACAUCUGGUGACCAAAGAAAAGCUACUUGAUCGUUUCAAAGGUUUCAAAGCAACGCUGAUUACACCAAAGCACUUGGAAAAUGCAAACUGCCCAGAAGACUGGCAGCAUGACACCAAGACCCAUGCUUCACAGCCAGUCUAUUUCAUGUUCACCUCUGGCAGCACCGGAGUCCCAAAGGGAGUCAUCCACAGCCAUGGAGCAGUCUCUCUUAGCCUUCUAGAAUGUAUUGAAGAGCUCCAGAUUGAUCCCUCAACUCGGUUCAUGCAAUCCGCCAGUCUUGCUUUUGAUGCUAGUAUACUGGAGGUGUUCGCCCCACUAGUCGCUGGUGGAUGUCUCUGCAUGGUCUCCCAGGAAGAGCGCAGCGGGGAUCUCGAAUCAACAAUGCAUAAUCUAAAGGUGUCGCACGCCUGGCUCACCCCAUCAAUGGUACCACACAUCCAGCCAGAAAAUCUCCCAAAUCUUCGGAGCCUUGGACUUGGAGGUGAGCCCCCAACCACGGAGAUUGUGUCCACAUGGAGCGAGAAAGUCCAAUUGAAUAACCUGUACGGAACAACCGAGGCUGGAGUCUGGGACACUGUGAAGCUGGGAAUGAAGCCCGGUGAUAACCCGAAGAAUAUUGGACGGGGCAUCGGCAAUGUUGCAUGCUGGAUCACAGAUCCUUCCAAUGUGCACAGAUUGAUGCCUGUCGGCGCAGAAGGAGAGCUGCUGAUACAGAGUCCGUACCUUGCACUUGGGUACCUCAAGGACCCUGAUCGUCAAGCCCAAGCCCUCUUGGAAUUCUCGUCUCUAGAAUGGGCUCCCUUCAUGCCCCCAAUCAACGGAUCUCGAGUCUAUCGAUCAGGGGAUCUGGCCAAAUACGAUGAAAAUGGCGAAUUGAUUCUGUUGGGUCGUCAAACCGGCUAUGUCAAGGUUCGAGGUUUGCGCGUGGACCUUGGAGAAGUUGAAAACGCGAUCAACUUAUGCCUCAAGUCUGGUCGUUCUGCAGUGGUGGUAUCUGAACACGAAGCGAUAGAUUCCGAAAUUGUUGCGUUCAUUGAAAGAAGCCCUGAUCAGAAAAUCCAACUGGCUGAAACGCUUUCUGACCAGCUGUCUGAAAUUCUACCUGAAUAUAUGAUUCCGAGUGUUUUUGUGCAGAUCAAUUCAUUGCCGCACACGUUGUCUAAGAAGAUCGACCGACAGAAGCUUCGAAGGCAACUUUCGGAGAUGAGCCAAAAAGAAAUUCGGAAAUGCCGCAGAGGUGGCUCGUCGAGCGAGGAGUUUCCUCAAAUCCCAGAAGCGAGAACCAUGGCGAUAGAAAUCAGCAACAUCAUUGCAGAUAUAAUCGAGAACAAAGAUGAAGAGUUUGCGAGCUACAUACGGGGACGGGACUUCUCGCUUCUCAAGACUGGUCUCACAUCAAUGCAAGUGGUGACCCUGGUGAACGCUAUCCGGAGACGAUACCAGAAGAAACUCAACAUCGAGACUUUGCAUAAAGAUGUGACAGUUUGCAACAUUGCAGACAGUCUCACAGGACGAAUCAAACUGGAACGGAAAGACAGUGAUUCCAGGAACCUGAUCGCCGAUCUUGCAAAAUUGAAGCCAAAGCUUGAUUUCAUCCAGAUUCGCCUAGCGACUGUCUUCUUGACAUCUAUCACCGGAUUUCUUGGUAGCCAAGUCUUGCGCUCUCUCCUGGAGCAUCCAGAGGUAGGGUGUGUGAUUGGACUUGUCCGCGCCAAAGAUGAAAGGGAAGCACGGAAAAAGGUCCAAGAGCAUGGCGAGCUUGGUCGGUGGUGGCAGCCAGGCUAUCAAGAUCGUAUCGAAGUCUGGACUGGAGAUUUGGGCAGAGCAAAACUCGGAUUGGAACAGUCUAAGUGGGAACGACUGUUCACAACAGACCCAACAAAACGAGUCGAUUGCAUUAUCCACAAUGGUGCUCGAGUGAACUGGAUGGAUAGCUACGACGAGCUCGAGAAAGUUAAUGUCCAUAGUACCAUCGAAAUACUCUCUGGACUUUCGAAAAUGGAUCCUCCUUGCAACCUGAUCUAUGUCUCCGGUGGAUACAUGCCAAAAGAGACAGAGAGCCAUACUCAAAUUGCCAGAAAGCUUUCCGAGGCAUCGGGGUAUGACCAGACAAAGUUUAUGUCCCAGUUGCUGUUAGCCGAGUACAACAAACAUCUCGAUCGCGAAGAUAUCAAAACCCAAAAAGCGCAGACUGUGAUUCCGGGAUUCAUCGUUGGAUCGCAGAAGGAAGGAAUCGCACACCCAGAAGACUUCCUCUGGCGACUGGCAUUCACCAUCACGCGCCUGAAAGCUGUCAGCGAAGACCUUCACUAUUUCACCGUUGCGGGUGUGGACCAGGUAUCCAAUCUCAUCACGGAUGUAUUCUUGCAGCCGGAGAGAUAUCCCUCCGAAGCAAUUCAUUGUGUCGAUGGUGUGAGAGUUUCCACAUUUUGUGAUACUCUCAGCAAGGCUAUGGGAUUGCCAAUUAAAAAGAUGGAACAUGAAAAAUGGACGAAAAUGUUACAAGCUGAUGUUGAAGAGGCAGAUUUUGAUCAUCCGUUCAUGCCAGUACUGGGAUGGUUUAAGGAGAAUACAUGGCAGUUUUUGGGGGAUCAAGACGAUAUCCCGAAAAACUGCCAUUUCAAUAAGAGCGAAACGGCUCUGGCUCUGGAGAGCAGCGUGAGAUAUUUGAUGGACAUCGGGUAUCUUUCACACGAUGGGGACAAGCAAAAGCGAUUGGCAAGGCCUCCCAUCUUCAGCCGGUCCAGCUUUUAA